GCGGAUCCUGACUCCGGUGUGAGGCAGCGGCCAGGAAGGCGGGCGGAGGCUGGGUACAGGGCGAGGGGGCCGGGUCGGAGCAGCCGGCGCUCGGGCCCAUGGCAGGGCCGGUGUGACCCCGACGCGUUAGCCCCACUUGGAAGGAAGAGGUGGCGGCAUCCGGCACUAUGUUACCCAGCCAGGCCGGGAACGGCGCUGCCGCCUUGGCCCGGAGCGCGGUCAUGGGCAUGGCGCGGACCUCCUCCGGGCGGCCAGGUGCCGGGCUUCCCCGUGGGGCGAACGGCGGCGGUGUUGCUGCUGCAGGAGUCCGCGGGCCCGGCAACGGGACAGGCCCGCCUAGCGGCCAGGGGACGAUCGGCGGUCGCUUCGAGCGAGACCGGGAUGUAAGCGCGGCGGCGGCGGCGGCGGCCAGCGGCAGCGAAGGCGAUUCGGACUCGGCCGAAGAUGAGGAGUUGGUGGGCGAGCGCCGCGGCAUCAAGCGGACUUUGGGUGACAUGGAACUGGGGGUGGGGGGGGCGGAGGCGGUGGCCGCGGCGGCAGCGGCCGGGGCUUACGGCGGAGUGAGCGGGGCCGUCAGCGGCGCCAAGCCCGGCAAGAAGACCCGCGGCCGGGUUAAGAUCAAGAUGGAAUUUAUCGACAACAAGCUGCGACGCUACACCACGUUCAGCAAGAGGAAGACGGGCAUCAUGAAGAAGGCCUAUGAACUUUCCACCCUUACGGGCACUCAAGUUUUGCUACUUGUGGCCAGUGAGACAGGCCACGUCUACACUUUCGCCACACGGAAACUGCAGCCAAUGAUCACCAGCGAGACGGGGAAAGCACUGAUCCAGACAUGCUUGAAUUCUCCUGACUCCCCUCCUCGGUCGGACCCAACCAGCGAUCAGCGCAUGAGUGCUACGGGCUUUGAGGAAACGGACCUUACGUAUCAGGUGUCUGAGUCGGACAGCAGCGGAGAAACGAAGGACUCAUUGAAGCCAGCAUUCACUGUCACCAACCUCCCAGGGACGACGUCCACCAUCCAGACAGCACCCACGACAUCCACAUCCAUGCAGGUCAGCAGCGGACCCUCGUUCCCCAUUACUAACUACUUAGCACCAGUCUCUGCCAGUGUGAGCCCCAGUACAGUCACCAGUGCCAACGGAACAGUACUGAAAACCACUGGAACCAGCGCAGUGGCCUCUGGAGGACUCAUGCAGAUACCUACCGGCUUUACCCUCAUGUCAGCAGGUGCUCCACUCCCUCCUGGGACCCCUACCAUUCCUCUCACUCAGUUACAGCCGCACUCGCUGGCCCUCUCCAACCAGCAGGGCCAGGCGGCGGUCGUAGGCAUACCUGGACAGCUACAGCAGGCACAACAGACAGUCUUCCGAUUUCCAUCUACAGCCGGAGGGCAGAUUGUGUCUCUGACAGGUGGUGCGGUGGCUCAACAGGUUCCUGUGCAAGCCAUCCAGGUGCAUCAGGGCCCCCAGCAAACGUCUCCUACAAGCGACAGCAGCACUGACAUCACACAGACCUCUUCCAGUGGGACAGUGACCCUGCCAGCUACAAUCAUGACUUCAUCUGUGCCAACCACUGUGGGAGGCCAUAUGAUGUACCCCAGUUCUCAUGCAGUGAUGUAUGCGCCUACAUCGGGCCUCACGGAUGGUGGGCUUGCAGUUCUCAAUGCCUUCUCCCAGGCCCCAUCAGCAAUGCAGGUUUCACAUGGGCAAGUCCAGGAUCAGGGUGGAGUCCCUCAGGUAUUCCUGACAGCUCCGUCAGGAACAGUUCAGAUCCCAGUCUCAGCUGUUCAGCUUCACCAGAUGGCUGUCAUUGGUCAGCAGAGCAGCAGCACUGCCAACUUGACAGAGCUGCAGGUGGUCAACUUGGAGGCAUCACAUAGUUCCAAGAGUGACUGAGCAACUUUGGGAGGGACCUGGUGAGGGGAAGGGAAGAUGUGUGUACCCAGCACCCCAACAUGAACCAGCAGAUGCCACCGCCUCCACCUCCAGCUUUAUGCUGCAUCUGGCCCUGGAUCUAUGGCACUCCUCAAGCUGCACAAGGAUCUCGGCAGUCCCUAUUUUUGUAUGGACUCCAUCACUUAUUUAUUGUUGCCUUUUACACGUUUUCUUCUCACUCUUUACACACUGACACCCCCA